AUGGAACUCCUUCCGGGUCUUCCCAACCACGUCGCUCUUGAAUGUCUUAUUCGCAUACCUUUCGACCAAUUCCCUGCUGCUGCCUCCGUCUGCAGAGGCUGGAAAGCCAAGAUUGAACUGCCAGAAUUUCGACACCAUCGGAAGACGGCUGGCUUGGCUCAAUCACUCAUCGUCUUGUCACAAGUCCGGGUAAACCCGACCCAAAACCAACGUGCUGUGAAGCUUUUGGCUCCGCUCUCUUAUCAGCUCGUGCUUUGUGAGCCGGAAACUGGGCAUUGGUCAGAGCCGCCACCUGUGCCAGGAUUUCCCGAUGGGCUGCCGAUGUUUUGCCACCUUGUGGGAGUUGGAUCGGAGCUGGUAUUGAUAGGCGGGUGCGACCCGCUGACUUGGCAGGUAUCCGAUUCUGUGUUUAUUUACAACUUUGUCUGCGGCAUGUGGCGGUGUGGGGCAGAUAUGCCAGGUGGCGGAAGAUUAUUCUUUGGAUCUGCAUCGGAUUCUGAUCGGAUGGUGUACGUUGCUGGCGGUCAUGAUAAAGAGAAGAAUGCGUUGAAAUCUGCCAUGGCAUAUGACGUGGCAAAAGAUGAGUGGAUCAAGCUUCCUGAUAUGAAAAAAGAGAGAGACGAGUGCAAGGGUGUAUUCUUUGAUGGCAAGUUCAACGUCAUAGGUGGAUACUCUACAGAAAUGCAAGGUCAUUUUGAAAGGGAUGUCGAAGCAUUUGAUAUUAUCACUCAGCAAUGGGACAUGAUACAAAAUGACUUUUUAGAAGAUGCCAUAUGUCCAAGGACUUGUGUGGAUGGUGGUGAUUCGCGAUUGUACAUGUGUCGUCAAGGUAAAGUGAUAGCUCGUGUGGGUAUCAAAUGGCAAGUCCUAGCUAAACUACCAGCUGAGGUGUCCAAUGUGGCUUACAUGACAACAUGGCAAACCAAGUUGUUAGUGUUUGGUUCUUCUAAAUUUGGUGAGCCUCACAAAGCUUAUACGAUGGAUUUAAAAAAUUACACAUGGACAAAAGUUGAGGCACCAGAAGAAUAUUUAGGCCAUGUCCAAUUAAGUUGUUGUUUGGAGAUUUAA